AUGCGGCCCACACUGCCGUUACUUGGUCUACUUUUGCUAACCGGAUGUGUCUGGAGCACUGACAAUGUGCCUUCACUUCUUGGCUCCGCAGAGUCUCCAAAAACUUCCGACAUAUCUCUCGGAGACGACAGCACGAUUCGUGAGAAAAAUCCUUCAGAGUUUGUCACAGAACCUAUAAUAGUUUUGAAUUAUGAUUUAGCGCUUUCAGUCUUCAACUUCCCGCUGAAUCCAAAGACAACCGGACCGAAGAUCACGAGGAGGAUGAUCAUGGAUCGCACGGAUCGAGAUGGGAUUACGUCAAGAAAGAGACCCUUCUCACGCUAUUUUUUAUAGUUAUCGGUCUCUUUAAACUUGGUAGGUUGUGACUGUUUCAUGAGGGUGAGCACUCAGCUGGCGCCUUUCUCCUUCUUUUCAUCUUACCGCCAAGUCGUGACUCAAUGAGGGAGUACCAGAUACUUGAACCGUUUUUUGAGGGAUCAAAUAAUCAUUGAUAAGAGUCAAGUAAGAAAUCAAUGAGCAGAUCAACUUAAACAUUGUGCGCUUAAUGAGCCAUUGAUUUCAUUUUUCAGCCUACCAUCACACUCAUUACACUAAAAAAAUCCUUCCCGAGUCAUGCUGCCUCAUCAUCGUUGGUAUAAUCCUCGGAUUCUUCUUUAUGUAAGUUGAGCGCAUCAUAAAAAUCUGCAAUUACAUAAUUUUAUUUUCCAGUGGAGAUUCUACUCAUCAAUCCAUCAAGUUUCUCGAAUUCAGUUCAAAAGUGUUUUUUUUCUACCUACUUCCGCCAAUCAUUCUGGAAUCCGCCUAUUCUCUGAAGGAUCGCGCUUUCAUUGACAAUAUCGGAACUAUUAUGCUUUAUGCAGUUGUGGUAGGGUGUGUCACUUUCAGACAAUACUCCAACCUUUCCUGUCCAGGGCACUGUUUUAAACAUUGUUCUGCUCGCUGCCGCUAUUGUUCUGCUCAUUUGGGUGGGAGCGAUGGGAGCCAUUAGUCUGAGUUUCAUGGAUAUUUUGACAUUUGCCUCUCUGGUCGCAGCUGUGGAUCCGGUCGCCGUACUCGCAGUUUUCCAGGAAGUUGGAGUGAACAAGAUGCUUUACUUCAUGGUGUUUGGAGAGUCGCUCUUUAAUGACGCCGUCACAAUUGUUUGCUAUAACAUGGCCGUCGAAUUCGAAGCGUUGCCAGAGUUUAGCUGGUUGGAAGUAAGGGGAUCCAUUAUCAAUUAAAAGCUAAACAUGUGUUUUGUUCUUUUUUCAGGCGGCAAAAGGUGUACUCUCAUUUUUCUAUGUUUCAUUGGGAGGUCUUGGUAUCGGCCUUCUGUGUGGCAUCCUAUCGUCAUUUGUCACGAAAUUCACACAAGAUGUUAGAGGUAACUUCGAGGAGUGGGGACUUGACAGCAAUCAGAUAAUAUUUCAGUUGUGGAACCAGUCAUUCUGUUUGGAAUGGCCUAUUUGGCAUAUUUGCUGACUGAAAUGCUCCAUCUCUCUGGAAUCAUCUCGCUCAUCGCGUGCGGAUUGUUCCAAACCCACUACGCUUGCUGCAACAUUUCCUACAAAUCCUUCUCCAGUGUCAUGUACAUUACAAAAGUGUGCAGGUUAGAGAAAAAAUGUCCAAUUUAAACUAUUAAGCUCAAUUUUUCCAGCACACUGUGCGAGUCGCUGAUUUUCAUCAUUCUCGGUGUGAUGCUCGUCAACGAACGUGAAUGGAUGUGGACUGACUGGCAUCCUUACUUUUCUCUGUGGUCCGUCAUUCUUUGUGUGCUUGUGCGCUUUGGAGUCACAUUUUUCCUUACUUACUUUGUGAAUCAGUUCACUGGAGGUGUUCGUCACAUUUCCUUUCAAGAACAGGUCAUCAUGGUAAGAGACUUUUUUAGAGGUAUUUAGAAAAGGAAAACAUCUGUUUCCAGUCGUACGGAGGAUUGCGCGGAGCCGUCUCUUUCUCACUUGCUUUCAUGAUUAAGUCUAAUGUGGAAGUGAAGAACACCAUGCUUGGAGCAACGUACGCUGUCAUUCUCUUCACCAAUAUCGUUCAAGUAUGAGUGUUUUGCAAAUAACGCUAGUAUCAAUUUCACAUUUUGAAGGGUUCAUCAAUCAAGUUCCUUGUGAAAUUGCUGAAUAUUCGCUUAGCAAAGAAAGACGAACAUUUCCGGUUGUUUUUGGAGUUCAACAACGGAAUGGUUCAACAUCUUUCCCAAGGAAUUGAAGGUGUCUGCGGAAACAAGAGUCUGAGCAUCAUUGUAAAAUCUUUUAAUGAGUUCUUAAGAUACAAGGUACCUUUCAGAACCGUAUGAGUGACUUCUCGAAAAAGUACAUUCGCCCGUUGCUGGAGAAGAACUACAACGCCAAAGCGAAGAGAGAAGGGAAACUGGUGGAAAUGGACAGAGCGUUUACAAUGAGGUAAUUCCCGCAUUCAGAUUGUGUUGACAUGCCUCUUUCGACUUUCAGAGAAGCAUUAAUCAACAGUCCGUCCCAAAGUUCAUUCAAGCGUCAGCAGACAUUCGAUGAAAUGGCCGAAAGCGGAGUGAUCCCUCAUGAUUUCUUGGACGAGGACCACCACAGCCACCACGCAGGACACAUUCACCCGAGUCGCGAAGAAGUGGAAGAGCGUACUGACGAGCUUAUCAAAGACGUUUCUUCAAUUCGCCACCUCAUGAGUAGUCCAUUCGAAGAGGUAAGUGAUAGAGAGGAUAUGAAGAUUCUAUUACAGUUACAGUGUUACUUGGACCGCAACCUGACACACGAGGAAGAGAAAGAGCAAGCGAGAGAGAAGAUAAAGACGCUGAAGACGAGGCCUUCCCGAUUCUCGUCUGUGUAUGUUUGACCCCCUGUGAUACAGUAAAAAAAGUUUUGUUCAGGAGAAAGCGGCUUGGAAUUGGAAAGAAGAAGGCGGUCCGGAGACAUGCCACACAACAGGGACUCAUCCAUUCUGCGAUCGCAACCCUCGGAGUCCAUUCUGUAACCGAGCAACCAUCAACAUCAAGUGAGUGUCACUCCAAGUAGCCGUGGUCUAUCCCUAUUCGCAAUUCUCGCGUCUUAUCUCGUCGACGUUAAACAAAUUGUUAUUUUAAGAUAACGAAAGAAUUUCAGACCUCUUUUGUGCGUGUGUGUUGUGCAGAAAAUGUGCAUUUCAUGUUAGUUAGACUGUAGUUUCUCACAGAAUGGAAAUUCUUGGAUUUGAAUUUUGAAAAAAGUAUCUCUGUUUGUUUUGCAAACAGUCCAGACUUUUGGGGGAAAUGGAAAAUUAACCAUUUUGAUUUUUGACUUUUUAGCUCGUGUCAGCGUCGAAGAUGAGGAAGGAGGAUUGAACAUGAAAGAGAUGGAAGAGGAACACCCUCUCGUCACCAUUAAGGAAGGAGACGAGACCGCCUUCUGA